AUGACAUCUUCAACCACUGCUUCUCAAGCUGAAAUGGAGGCUGCUCGUUUACCUCUAGGAUGGAGAGAUCAAUGUUCUGCACUGCUCAUUCCUCUCAACGUAUGUAGACACAAAGAGAAUUAUCUUCCGUGGAAAUGCGAAGACCAGAGACAUUCGUAUGAAAAGUGUCAAUAUGACGAUUACAUGAGACGGAUGAAACAGCUUUCUCGUCAAAAGAAAGCCGCCCUCGAAGCUGUUGAAGAAUAA